AUGUCCGACAACGAGCUUGAUGCCGAGCUUCUUGCUCUUGCUGGCGACGACAGUUCCGACGACGAGAGAACCGACAACAGACAGCCACAACCUUCCUCCCCCUUCGAACAUGCCGCCUUGUCGUCAGAGAACGACCGCUCUCCCCCCUCGUCGCGCCAAUGCGACCAACAAAAGUCGCGCUCAGCUGCUGCCCCGCGAAGAAGAAGAAAGGAUGACUCUGAGGAAGAAGGUGAAGCGUAA